AUGGAAGAAGUGGGUCCACCUCACCCUGCGGUGGGACCGCACCAGGAGGAUGUCAACCUGCAUCAGGCGGAGUCAAGGGGCUCUCAGCAUGGUGGUCCUCAAAGGAGUCCCGAACGGAGAGAAGGCCGGGAGGGGAGUGUACGUACAACUCAUACCAUCAGGAGCCACUCACGGGGAAAGAGUCACGUCUCCCACGCGAAGCAUGAUGGGAAUCUGCAACAUGAGAUUGCAGACUUGAAGAGAGAGUUGCGCCAUGCACGGCAGGAACGUUCCCCACCUUGCUCCGAACCAUCAUCUGGGGAGUCAGAUGGAACUAGUUACAGGCGGAGAUCGAGAACUCCCCAAAGCGAGACUUUCUCCUAUGAAGAGGAGCAUCGCCAUCGACGUAGGCGUAGAAGUCCAACUAGCAGGGGCUUGAGAAACGAUGCCAUGAACAAAGUCUUGAGUCAAAUUUCCAAGUCACCCUUUAUGAGAAACAUAGACGAUGCUACCCAUCCUCGGCGGUUCCAUCAGCCUACGUUCUCUCUGUAUGAUGGCCAUUCAGAUCCGGUGGAACAUGUAAGCUAUUAUAGCCAGAAGAUGGCUAUUUACUCCAGGGAUGAUGCUUUGAUGUGCAAGAUUUUUCCAUCGAGUUUGGGUCCGACGGCGAUGAGGUGGUUCAAUGGCUUAAGGGCCAAUUCCGUUGGAUCUUUCAAAACACUGACUCGGGCUUUUAGUGCUCGAUUUAUUACAUGCAGUAGGACUCCUCGGCCUUUGGGAUCCUUGUUGACUUUGUCUAUGCGAGAGGGUAAGACUCUCAAGAGUUACUCAGAUAGGUACUGGGAAAUGUUUAACGAAAUAGAGGGAAAGAAUGAUCCUGUGGCUAUAACCACUUUCAAAGCUGGUCUCCCAGCUGAUCACAAUUUGAGGAAAUCCUUGACGGGUAAACCUGUCACUAGUGUGCGCCAGCUGAUGGACAGAAUAGAUAAGUACAGAAGGGUAGAGGAAGAUCAAUUUCAGGGGAAAGGAAAGGCCAAGGUGAUCCCUCAGGAGAGGAGGGAUUUCAGGUCAGACCGUUAUAAUAACAGCCGACCAAGGAGGGACUUUGUUGGGCAGUCGGGCUCGGCGAACGUCCAGGUUGUUAAUGCAGUAUUUCGGGAACCCGUUCAGCAGGAUCAUGGGCACACGACGGAAAACUGUAGGAAUUUAUGGGAUCACUUGGAACAGUUGGUCCGUGAAGGGAAAUUAAAGCAACUCUUGCAUCACUCCAGUGGAAGGGCAAGCCAAGCAGGUUUCGAGGUGCGUGGGGACGCUUCAUCAAGGCUCCCCCUGGGUACGAUCAAUGUUAUCUUUGCGGCCCCGGGGAGGACUGGAUCUUGCCCCUCCAGAGUGUUGUUAGUGUCCCAAUCCCCAGCCGAGGAUCACUCUCAAGCUUUGAAGAGUGCCAACAGGCGUGUCCCCCUGAUUUUGGGCUUUUCAGAUGAGGAUAUGGUCGGGACCAUACAGCCCCAUGAGGAUGCCUUGGUAGUAACGUUGAGGAUUAGUGGGUACGAUGUCAGAAGAGUGAUGGUUGAUCAGGAGAGCGCUGUGGAUGUGAUGUAUCCAGAUUUGUACAAAGGGCUAGGUUUGAAACCAGAGGACUUAACAACCUAUAAUUCCCCUCUAGUAAGUUUUGAGGGAAGGUUGGUCACUCCCAUGGGGCUAAUCAGGUUGCCCGUGCAGUCAGGUACAGAUGUGGUAGAGGUGGACUUUAUUGUCGUAGAUGUUUUUUCUCCGUACACGGCUAUUGUGGACAGACCUUGGCUUCACACCCUUAAAGCGGUUUCGUCCACUCUACAUCAGAAGGUGAAGUACCCAUCCGAAGACCAAGUGCUGGAAAUAGUAGGGAGUCAGGCGGCUGCUCAGCAGUGCCUAGUAGCGGCUAUACAGCAUCGGCUAGAAGCAGAAACCUCGGCUACGGCCGACAAUGAGUUAUAG